UAGCCAAAGUAACGUUAUCUCAGCAGCUCGUAGUUAGCUCAACGUUAGCAUAGCGUUAGCAUAGCGGUGUUUACUUUUACCUCCGUCUUUUUCUUUUUCUUCUUCGUCUUAUUUUCAGUUUAUUUGGCGGACUACAAACCAACGUUUAAGGCGCAAUGCCGCCACCUACUGCACCGGAGUGUGUAACAUCAUGACUUUAUGACAACUGUCAUAAACGUUGUGUGACAACACAACGUUAUUCAUAAAUAAAAUAAAAUAAAUACUUUAUUAUUUAUAAAUUAAAAUUAAAAAAUACCUUAUUUAUAAAUAAAAAAGACUUCAUAUAAAAGUUAUAUUCUGGAUAUUAAACCCAUUCCAUUCAUAAAUGUACAUGAAGCUCUUUUAAGCUGAAGCUUUGUCCCCUGUCUCUAACAGUCCUUUGAUGCUCCACUCCCUUCCUAAAGCCACUGAACUUCCUCCUCUCUAUCAGCACAUGUUCAACACUUUACAGUUGCAUAUCUCACAUUUAUCCCACUCUGUCUUCUUCAUGGUGUUUAUAACGUGCCAUUGAGUCCUGUAUAUCCUAACCUUAAUCUACUGAAAGGAACAUCUUCUUUUCUACAUUUAAUCACUUCUCACUCUGACUGACGUCUGACUUUGGUUAUGAUUUCUACCAUUAUUGUCAUUACAAAUUUCCUGCCAAGAUGUCAUUAUUUCUGUAUUACUGAAUGUGCUCGACCGAUGUCUGAGCUCUCAUGACCGAUACCGAUAUGAAACAACAAUGAUCGUUGAUAUCCGGAUAAAAUAUUACAACUCAAUGUUAAAACUCUGAACAAAUCUAUAGUAACAGUAAACAAGCAACUGAACUAAAUGUAUGAAUGUAUACAUUGUAAGUAUACGUAUAGUUUAAUAAUAAUAAUACUUAGUGUAUAUACUGUUGAAGAGUUGAUAUAUUACUAUUUAACAUGUUCUAUAAGACAUUCAUGUGAGAUCAGAAUCACCUUUAUUGCCAAAUAUGUGAACACAUACGAGGAAUUUGACUCUUUGUUGCUCUCAAUGUAUUUACACAGAAAAAGAUAUAACUGCUAAGAACAAGGACAGCAUUCUGACCAAUAAAGGUGAAGAACAGACAGGACUAUAAUGUACACAGUGUGUGACAAAUAGGUGCAUAUUAUAAACUGCCCCAAUGACCAACAACUGAAGAUACAACACCGAUAUAUAGACUACAUGUAGUUAACUGCUCUGUAAGUUGUAAACUAUACAAAUAAAUAAAUACUUCAUGUGUAGUGAUGGAAUGGAUACACGUCUAAAUACAGUUAUAAUGAUUUAUAUUGACAGUGACGGAUGGUUAUGUACAGAUUGGAGCUUUAAAAACUGUAAACUUAUAAUCAAUAAGCACAAUAUUUUAAAAGUACAAAUAUUUCCCUCUCAAGCGUCGUGGAGUAGAAGUAUAAAGGAUCAUGAAAUAGUAUCCUGUAAUUUUACUUCAGUACAGUUUUUUGAGUAAUUGUACGUAGCUGCUCUCAAUAUUAAUAGAGUUCUGUUUAUUAUCAUGACGUGUUUGUUUCAGUCGAUGCAUCUUUAAUUUAGAUAUUUGAGUUUGGUUUGAAUGAGCCUCUCAGACGUUUACUAACGCUGGUAUUAAAACAGAAAUGUAGGGAGGGAGGUACUGAUUGUGGCUGGUAUUUAAACUUUUCCUCCAGGAGUUGCUCACCAUGGAGAACGGCCGGUUUGACAACCUAGAGGACGAGACCUUCCCUCCCCUCCCCCCUCCUCACUCCCCGGGUCAGGGAGGGCGAGAGGCCGGAGAGCCUUCUGAUGACGCGGAGGAAGACGGAGAUGAGUCCAAGCUGGUGGACGUUCCUGCUGCGAAGAGGAAAGGAGUGAAGAGGCCUCAACCCAAGCUGGACUCUCAGAGGCUGAUCUCAGAAAGAGGACUUCCAGCUCUACGAACUCUGUUCGAUAACGUCCGUUUCAAAGGCAGAGGGCACGAGGCUGAGGACCUGCGGCUGCUGAUGCAGAAGAUGGAGAACUGGGCUCACAGGUUGUACCCAAAACUGCAGUUUGAAGAUUUUAUCGACAAAGUGGAGAAGCUCGGCAACAAGAAGGACGUGCAGACGUGUCUCAAACGGAUUCGACUUGACAUGCCGCUGACCCACGAGGACUUUAUGGGUG